AUGCUGAACUUUAUGCCGGGCGCCGUGGCGGCUCUUCACGCCCGGCUGCUCCCCCAGCCACCGGCAGCCGACGGCGCCGACAGCCCUGCUCCUCUGCCACAGAAAAGCUCAGCUAUCGUCCAGAAAAAAUCCUACGCCCCUGCUAGCAAGGGCGAGUAUAUUGUCACCAAACUCGAUGACCUCAUCAACUGGGCGCGAAGAAGCUCCCUGUGGCCCAUGACGUUCGGCCUGGCGUGCUGCGCCGUGGAAAUGAUGCACGUGGCAGCUCCUCGCUACGACAUGGACCGGUUCGGCGUGGUGUUCCGCGCCAGCCCCCGGCAGGCCGAUGUCAUGAUCGUGGCCGGCACGCUGACAAACAAAAUGGCCCCGGCCCUUCGGAAGGUCUUCGACCAGAUGCCUGAACCUCGCUACGUGAUCUCCAUGGGAAGCUGCGCCAACGGCGGGGGUUACUACCACUACUCGUACUCCGUGGUGCGGGGAUGCGACCGCAUUGUACCCGUGGACAUCUACGUGCCAGGUUGCCCACCUACUGCUGAAGCUUUGUUAUACGGCAUCCUGCAGCUUCAAAAGAAGAUUAAGCGAGAGAAGAAGAUUCAGAUGUGGUACAGAAAAUAGCGACUUAUUUAUGACCUGCUCACGGACUGUCCACGUGGGGCACCUGCUUGUCGUCUUACGCACAAUAAAUCUGUAUUCUUCACAAGCCUUCCAAUAAAACUCUAUCUGUUUAAGAUGCUC